AACCCUAACUUACAGAACCUGGAGGAGAGCAUAGAGUACAAUGAGAUCCUAGAGUGGGUGAACUCUCUCCAGCCCGCUCGCGUGACCCGCUGGGGAGGAAUGAUCUCCACACCCGACGCCGUCCUCCAGGCCGUCAUCAAACGAUCGCUCAUAGACAGUGGAUGCCCGUUGUCGAUCGUUAAUGACCUCAUCGAGAACGCCCACGAGCGUAACUGGCCCCAAGGCUUGGCCACGCUGGAGACGCGGCAGAUGAACCGCCGAUAUUACGAAAACUAUGUGGCCAAGCGCAUUCCGGGUAAGCAGGCCGUGGUGGUGAUGGCCUGCGAGAACCAGCACAUGGGUGAAGAUAUGAUUCUGGAGCCGGGGUUGGUUAUGAUCUUCGCUCAUGGCGUUGAGGAGAUCUUAUAGUCUGUACAUAGGUGGGUGCCAAUGAUGAAAAGCAGAAAGGGGUUUACAGCGACUGAAUUGAUUUCCCCCCUCUAAAAAAUUCUCAGUUCAUCCCACUUAAAAUAUCAAGACCUCUUUGGCAGUCGUUACCUCAAAUUUUAAGGAAGGACACCGGCAGAGAAGCUCUCCGCUCGUGGACCUCCAGCAUUCCCUAUUCUCUUUGCCUUAAAUGGACAUUUUCCAAAAAGUGGACCCUAAUGACAAAAACCAACUUGAAACAUUAUCAGGGACGAUGGUACACGUAUGUUUUAACAUUAACAUUGAAAUCAAAAGGAUUUGAAGUGAUGUCUAAUUUCCCCUUUAACAUUUAUUUCCCUCUUGAGAGCAAAUAUGUGUCACUCCCAGCUUAAGACAAGUUAAGAUUCUUGUAAAUACAGAUGAUAAAGAAAUAUAGACAAAUAUGCUAUCUGUUCUUGUUCUAAUAGAAUAGUGGACAUUUUUGCUGUCUUCAUUUCAGUUUGCAAUUUAGAGUAGAGUGCUUUGACUACCAUGGAUCUCAAUCUUUCUUUUUUUCCCCCCCCAAUAGCGCUAUGAUUAAAGUAUGCUAGAUAAAGAACUCAGCUCGGUGUUUGCACUGUGUGGUGAUUGGACAAACAAGAUGUCAUGAAUCUCGUUUUGUGAAGAUGUUUGUUUUUCUUGAGUGGAAAGAGUGAUGGAGAGGAUAUAUAUGACGGAAAUCAACAGCUGAUUUGAUACCUUUUAUUCCACUCUUUAGUUUUCAAUUCAAUUUUCUCCAGAAAUAAUUUUUUUUUUCUUCUUCUACUGGCAUCACUGGCUAUUACACUAUUAUAAAUCAGAACCAGAUUUUUCUUUAAGAUGGUCUUAGUGACCUCAAAGUUUUUUGUCUAGUAGUUUCACCAUAUGCAAACCCAUAAAUGAUGGAUGAAAAGCUUAUGAAUCAAUAUGAAGUAUAAAAACAUUGUGAAAAAUGACCAACUUACCGCUGAUGUCUGUGGGAUCUCCUGCAGAUGCUCAACCAUAUCUGGACCUUUUUACUGUGGUUUACAUCAGAACUGUUUUUUUUUUUUAUCCAUCAUUUGCCACAGCACCUCUUGAUGAAUUUCAAAUAAUAAAGAGAGAUGGAAUGGUUGAAUGUUUGUGUAUAUUGUGCAAUUGACUCCUGGAUAAGUGGAUAAGAAUUUAUUUUGCAUAUUUUACGUACCUUCGUUGUACAUAGUUGAUUUAAGAAUCCGUUUAAUUUGUGUUGUACGAUAGUUGUCUCUGCAACCAAAGUGUUUUAUUGUGUUGUAUGCACAUCGUGCUUGCUUUUUUG